AUGUCUCCAGGAAAUACUCCGUCUAGGGAAGGGGAAGCUCCGGGGACGGAUGCACCUGGAUUCUCUCUCGCUACUAUACUCAGUGACGACCACGACAACAUCGAACACCCAAACGCGAAGGACGCGCCGGAGGGCAGCUGGGACGAGGAACACCACGAGGAGACUGCGGCUCAGGGUUUUUGUGUAGAGUGUGAAGACCAGCCUGCGGAAGUGCACUGCGAAACAUGUUCUGACGACUACUGCGAAGUGUGUUUUGCUGCGCAGCACCGCAAGGGAACGCGUAAGCGGCACGCGAGCAAGUCGCUGACAAGUGAACGCCAAAAGAAAGCCAAGAUGCAUAACGGUGCUUCUACCACCAACGGAGUUGCUAUGGAUACGGACGACGACUCGGACCACGAACUUGAGCGAAUCGCUGCUAAUUCAUCCUCUGCAGCAACUGCAGUACCCCAAUCGACGGUCGGCGACUGGUUCGUUGAGCGUUCAAAGUUCAUUCCUUUACGUCUCGCUCUGGAAGAGCGCAAGUAUCUCCGCCUACUCGAAGCGGCGCUUAGCGUCUCGGAAUACACAGAUAGAAUAGACGCGUUAGGCGGAAGUCUAUCGAAGGCGAGGCGCAUCGUACACCAGAUCCGCGAGCUCUGUUCAAUUCUUUCCGGGCUGGUACUCUCGGCGGAUUACAAGCAGGGCCAGGAGUUAUUUGCGGAUCGCGACUUCGAGGCGAACGAAGCCUUCUUCCAACGGAUCUUCGAGCUCGGUCGACGACAUAAGAUCAUGAACCCAGACAAGAUGCGUUCCACAUACGGGAAGCUCAUGUAUUUACUGCAGGAUAGCCAAACCCCCGAAGUGAAAGAGCUGCUCAACUUCUCAUGCGUAAAGCCGAUCCAGUCGGUGUAUACCAUCAUAGAGGCACACCAUGCGGUCGAUCUCUUGCGGGAUGACCUUGUAGCGAUCGCGACCAAGGAGAUCUACUCGGAAGGGCGAACGCGGCGGGAUGUCCAGAAAGACAUUAAAUCGAAGGAGCGUGCGAUUGAGACCCUUGCUGCACGGUACGCACGCGUGGGUUUCAGCGAAGAAAACGUGCGCCAGUGCCUGUACAGCAUUGGGGACAAUCACGCGUUCCUCCGCACGAACCGUGAUCCGUGCGACAAGAUGAUCGCGUACUUGAAGCAGUACUUCCACCCCACGCAGGCGAAGGACUCGAAGAGCAGUCUCGCGAUCAAGAGUGGGAAGGGCGGUGCAAGACUUACACAUGACCACUCAAAGCAGUAUGCCUAUGUCAUCCAGAGCUUGACGCUGUGGCGCGAGAUCCUGCAUGACAUGUUCCACCUAUGGUCACUUGCUGAACAAGAUCUUCUUUCGGAGAACGUACCAUACCGUCUCCGCGACACUGGUCAAGGUCUGAACCGCGUACAGGCCGCUCCAAAGACGUCCCGCAUGAUGCACUCGAUCCUCCAUCGUGCUCAGAAAAGUGUCGGUUCAUGGGUCGGAUCUUCAGUUGUUCACAUGGGUGAUCACAAUGUCCCCAAUGCGUUGAUGUUCAUCGAUAAAUAUUCGCAGAUCUACCGGAUCCUUCUUCCGAUAUGCAAUACGCUUGCACAGAUCCCAACGGUGGCAAAAGACCCCGCACUGCGGUCGUAUAUUGAUGACGAGUUCGGUUCGCCAGAGAAUCUCUCUCGCGAGAUCCUCGCGGAUUUCUUCCGUCACGGGUUCGACGGAUCUGGUGCAGGAAAUUAUUUCGAUGCAGGAUCAUGUAUCGACGGUCGCUUAACAAGUGCAUGGAACUGGUGCUCGCUAUUGGAGAAGAAACGUUUCUUCCCGGUAUUUUUACUGACAGGUUUCAUAGGCUUUGAUGGCGAAUGGUAG